UGUGAGCGCUCGUAACGGCGGCGGUUAGUUCGGAGAAACACGAGUUUUUUUUUUUUUUUUGCGUCCUUAUAAUAAAUAUUUUCAAUAAAGUAUAAAAAUUAUUUAAAUCGGUUGUUUGAGAACAUACACGGGAAAAAUGAUUGUACCAAAAGUGCUACGAUUAAGGUAAGAAUAUAAAUUAUAUCAUAAUAGAUACAUACAUAGAUACAUAUAGGUUGAUAUUCUAACAAAAUAAAUGAGUGUUAAUACAUUUUGUUUUUGAACGAAUUUAAAUAAACACAAUAAUCAAUCGUCACAAUAUUUUCAAAACAACAUUUUAUUUAAUUAAUAAUACGUAUUUUUUUUUUUAUUUUUUUUAAUAUCACAUAAUCGCCAAUAAUUCGAUAAUAAUGUUUUUUUAUUCUUUUAUAUAGUUAUUUAGAUAUACCUAAUAGUUGAUAUAUUAAAUAAAUAAUAACAAUGUUUACAAAAAAAAAAAAUUCUACAAAAAUUUCGUUUUAAUAGUAUAAAACGAUUUAUCUUAGAUUCUGAAUGGAACAAAGAAGUUAUUAAUUUUACUAAGAUGAUUUUUUAAUAUUUUGAAAUCAUAAUUACAUCCUCAUAAACUAGACACACUAUAUAGAAUUAUAAAAUAAUUGAACCGGUUUGUAACAUCGGUGUUUUAGAGUAUAACAAAUAAUAAUUAUUUUAUUUGUUUACAUAUUUUUAAAUUUUAACACAAUCUAUUAAGGCUAUUCGAUUUUUUUCAUAAUAAUCUAUUUUAAAUUUUUUUAAAUCACUUCACCUGUAACCACGGGCAGAAUGUAAUCAUGAUUUUUGUUCUUAAAAUGUGUCAUUAACUUUACGAAAUAUGCGCGAUCAAAACUUUCUAUAUUACCUAUACCUUAUACGUGUUACGUUAAAUGUUAUGUAAAUAUUUGGGUGAGGCAUAUUUUUCUAGGCGAAGUUGGUAUUGUGGGAUGAAAUAAUUUAUGCAUAUAAAAGCACGCUACAUAAUUUACUCUAAAUUUUACCAAUCGAUUAAAAAUACAAUUUUUUAUGUUUAUGCAUAUUUAAUAGUUCUGGCAUUAUACGUAAUUUUUCGUAAUUCGGCAGUUUACUGUUGUAUUGGAAACUUAAUUAUUACAUUUAUAUUGUCGACCAUAAUUUUAUAGCAUCAUUUUAACACAUUAACAAAACAAAUAGGUAACUAUUAAAUUAUGAAAUAAUACUAGUUGUCUUGUCCGGCGCGGCGUUAUCCGUGACAAUAUAAUUAACCGUGACAUCCGUUUAACCAAGGCGAACCAGAAAUGAACAAAAAAGUUCAAUUUCGUAUAUUAUUAAUAUCCAAAAUCAUAAUAUGUGUACCGCCCUUUAGGGGUUCAAUUCGGGAAUGCAAAGUAGACAGCGAACUUCCUCUUAUUCCGAAGGUCAAGUGUAACGAAUUUCAUCGGAAUAAACGUGUCGGUUUUUUAUAAGAAACGAACAAACAAACAAAAUUUCAAUAAGUUGAAAUGGAAUAGUGGUGCAAACCCUGUUUCCGUUAAAAACCGAAAUUGUUCAAUGGUCUAGAAAGCGUUCGAAAAGGUUCCCCGGAUUACGUAACCGGAUUCGAGUGUUCGACAUUCGUGUCUGCGCGGCGAAAAGUAUUUCUACGGCUGUUAUCGUGGAGAACAGCACCGCCUAUCGCGUAUGCGGUAGCGCGUCGUCGUAGGUAUUUCGUGCGAACGAUUCACCGCCGCGGUCUCAUCAAUCAUCAUAUUCUGUACCAUGCCUGUAAUCGUUUGUUUUGCAAUAAUUAUCGACGGUACAUACUAAUUUACUAUUAUUAAUAGAAAUAAUCGAUAUCUGAUUGUGUAAAUUCGUUUUAUAACAGUAUUAUUGUAUUGGUAAUGCGAGGUAGUAAUUUUUUCGUCCGCCUCCGUAGAAUGCCAAGUAUAUAACCCGCGGGUCGUGUACAAUCAACAAUAUGUAAUUGACACAAAUUCAGUCUUAUGAAGAAUACUUUUGUAUACAGAAUACGUGUUCAAAUUAACAAGUGGAAAAACAUAUAAUAGUUCAAUAUAUUAUUAAAAUAAUCGUAAUUUACACCAUGAGUUAAUCACGCUCGAUCAAUUCGAUUAGAGGUAAAACUGAAUUCUAAAUAUGUUCAUAAUUUACUAUGUGGCCAUAUAAUUUUAAACACAUUUUUUUUUUUUGUCGCAUAUUUAAAACUAAUUUUUAGGUUUAGGAAAAAUUCAAAAUAAAUGUAUUCGAAUAAUUGUGCUGGAAUUGUUUAUAAUAAAUAUUCUAUAUUAAAAAAGUAUUGAAAUUCACUUAUUUGAAUACUGUUUACAACAAAUUACAAGUUUCAUAAUGUCAGAUAAGCUAAACGUUAUACCCUUGUUUGGUACCAAUUCGAUAGUCAAUAAAUAUAUUUACUAUCUAAUUGGUAUUCUCCUGUAGGUAAUUAUUACAGUUUAUAUGUAUAUAAAAAAAAAAUAAAAAUAAUUCCCAAUCUUCUUGUAGUUCCAAAUUAUCAUAGGUAGGUAAUACCGGUUUGUAUAAAAUAUUAUUGAAAUAGGUAACUGUACAUUUUACUUUUAGUUUUUACUCACGUUUGCAAAACACGUUAAGUAUAUCAUAUAGUUGGGUUUUAUUCAGGUUAUUUAAAUUUUGAACGGAAAUAUUGAUGUAAAACUUACUUUCAAAUAUUAAAAUACAGUUCCUGAGUGUUUUAUAACAUCUGAAUCUGGAUAAAAUUUCAUUUUUUUUCCUGACGCUUUAAAACGUAUCUGUAAGUGGAAAAUUGGAAAAUACGUAUAUCAGGUUAAUAAGGUAUACUGAUUAUUUUAAUAUUAUUCGUAUCUUUGGAAUGGAUUUUUUUUUUAAAUUGAACUCAACUUUUUAGGAUAUUUAUUAAUGACAUUUUUAUAGUUUAAAAGCAUUUAUUCACUUAAUUUUUAUUUAAAUCUUUAUAAAAAAAGUUGAGUAGGUGGGUUUAUAAGGUUAUUUAAUUUAUAUCUGUAUACAACGAUAAAUCAUUGCCAACAAAAAAUUAUUUUUAUCGAAGUUCCCAUAAACAGGUUUUCAAAUGCCUUAUUUUUUAUCAAAAUUUUAUCAAUAUUUUAUAUUUUUUUGACAAGCUUAGAACUUAUGUUUAGGAAAACUACUAUAGUAAACUUGAGUUUUUUUUUACCAAUACUAAGUACAAGUAACCUUGUAUUCAAUUGUCAAACACUUUCGCUGGGCCAAAACAAUUUAAUCCAUGUAAAAACCAAAUAAAAAUUUAAAAAAAGGUACAGUUUCAUUAGGCUAUUCAUAGCUCAAAAAUUGCCAAAAUGUAUUUCAACUAAAUAUACAAAAAAAUAAAAUAACGAUAGAUCAAAUAUCUCAGCACUAUUCAUGUACCUACAUUAUUGCAGGUUACAUUAUCAAUUAUUUAAUAUUGUAAAAAAACUAUCCUAUUUAUGUAUUGGUAUUUAUAUAGGUGCAAACUGCAUACUGUAGAUGUUUUUUUAUUUAUUUAAAAUGUAAAAACUAAAUUUUAAACUGAUAUGGUAUCUUUUGAUAUUUGUAAGUUAUUUUUACGAUUUUUUAGGAAAUUAAACUACCAGUCUGUCAUUUGUAAUCAAGGCUCGAAAGUAUUAGCCAUUAAAGUGUUAAUUUUUAGCACUUUAAUAAUAUAUCAUUAAAAACAUCCAGAUAAGCUCUAUAAAUAGCACUAAAAAAUAGAAAAUAUAAUAAAAAUUUAUUUUUUGAAGAAAUUUGGAUGACGGCGCAGAACACUAUAAUAAAAUCACUGUGCACGUUAGUUACUAUAUAAUACUAAUUCAUAUGACAAUAACAGCGUGUCCCACGUAAAUUCGAUGAAUCCAAAUCGGUUUAUUCGAUAAUAUUGCUAUAGGUAAUAUACGACUAACACGGUUUUAAAAAUAAUCAAACUUUAGCAAACGACCAGAGUAUUGUGUGAUAAAAUAGUCAAUAACAAUCAAAUACGACAGUGUUUUUCGAAUGCGUUUAGUCGAAAAAUUUGGAAUAAAAAUCAAAAAUAUUCAACAAUAUGACGUGUUCAUUUCUUUUGUUACAUAAACAAUAUGCCUAUAAAUAACACUUUAAACAUAAAAUUAGCAAAAUAGUUUUAUAGGUCCAAAAUAUACAAAAACCAGGAAUACAAUAUUUUGUUUAUUUCAGUGAGGUAGGUAUGAAACAGAUUUCUGUCUUACAUAGAAUGCUUUAGGUGGCUCCAAAAAUAUUAGCAUUAUUUAGUUGUUUAUAACGUUAUAGCAUUUUGGAAUAAUUAAAAAUAUUUGAAUAACUUACUACCAACGUUAAAACAAUUUUUAUCUCUUUACAAUUUUCUAAAUAAAAUAGAAAUUAUUUUUAUUAUCGUAUUAUUAUAUUACAAUAUAUAAUGUAAAGUAAUCAUAUAAUAAACGAUCAACUAAAAAGUGAAAACGUAUCUGUAUCCAGAUGGCGGCACGAAGUAUUUUUACCUUGAAUCACCGAUUUAAUUUUUCACCCACCCGUCCACCUAUCCCAAAAUUUACAAACCAGGGACAAAAGCAAAGUUUUCUUUCUUCUCAGAAAUCUUGCUAAAUCUCUCUAAUAAAAUGUAUCAAAUUUUCGCAGUGUAAAAAUUUUAAUGACUUUUUUUUUGGAAAAACAUAAUAAGUUUUGUUAUAUUUCUGAACACUCAGGCACCCACGUGACCCACCCGCCCGUUUUACUGUGAAUCACGUGAUUCAGAUAUACCUCAUUCUCGCCACCACUGUCUGUGUCUGUACGCAUUUUGUUAACUUACAUGUACAAAUGAUUAAGUUAGUGGAAUAAUUUAAUAUUUAACUAGAUAAUUAGUUAUUAUCCAUACACAAUAAUUGAACAGCUGACACAUACGCAUCUCAACACGAUACUAUUAUCUAUUAUAUUAUAUUGUAUGCACAUGGCAAAGCUGUCUAUUUAAUUAAUUAAUUGAAAUUCUUGCAGUUAUAUAUGAUAAUGAUACUUGUAAAACGUAUUAGUACAAUUCAUUUGUAUCUAAAUAUCAUACUUUGUAUAAAAAAUACUUUAGUAAUAAAAUAAAUAUAAAUAAUUUAAAUACGAGUUUAUUAUGUAGUGAAAGUACUAAAUAGAAUAUAUGUGUAUCUUCUUCAGCUGUGUAAAUUCUUUUUUUUUUUUUCAUACAUUCAAUACAAUAAUUAAAAAAAAAAAUGAUUUCUAAAAAAAAAAAAAAUGCAUUAAUUUUAUUAGGUUGUUCCUGAUGUUGGGAAUAUAUCUUAUUUAUAUUGCUACUAUGAGUAGUUUCGUGAAUGGGAAAUGCACUGUUAGUAAGUAUAGAAAUGCCGACGGCCGAUGUAAUAAUGUCCAUCGACCGAACUGGGGCCAAAAGAACUCUCCGUUUCUUCAACCUUUCUUGGAAGUCCAAAGUAAAAUCACCAUUUGAUUGAAUGUUGAUAAUAAAAUUUAGGUAUAAAAUCUCUAUUCGAUUAUUAUGGCUUUUUGAUUGUUUAGACGAAUCGCAUUCUAAUAAAUGGCCCGAAGCUUCGGAUGUGGCAGAACUAUUAAGUAGUUCUUCGAUAGCUGGAAACAAACAUUUGACGGUAAUGUCGGGAAUGUGGGCAGAUUUCAUUAGACUGGAUUUAGCCCUUGAAAACAUAACUGGUAUAAAAAUUUGAUUUUAAAUAGGUGAUGGUAAUGAAAUUUAUAUUUACGAAUGUUUAGAUAAUGGAAUUUUGCUAAACGCUGCGUCUAGUUUUUUAGACGCAUCUCCAAUAUAUAACAGCGUGUCUUGCGAAGGAUCUUCAAUGAGUGUCACUAAAUCUCAUAUAGGUCAUCUUAAACUGACUACGUGUGCUAGGUUUGUGAAUAUAAAUUGUAAAAGAAUACAAAUUAGUUAAAAAAAAUAUAUAUAUAUAUUUUAAUUAGUUUUAUUCUAGUUCUUCGAUCGACAACUCGGAUUACUCGACAACAAUACAUAAUUUAUUAAUAUUAGAACAUAACCGGCUAGUUGACGAAUUAAGGGAUGUCAAUCCAGGCUGGUCAAAUAAUACAUUAUAUGAAGAAGCUAAACGAAUAACAAUUGCACAACUGCAACACAUUACGUAUAACGAGUUUCUUCCUAAUAUAAUUGGACACGUGAGUAAAUUUCUAUUCGAUUGGUUUUUAUUUCAAUUUUAAAUGAUAUACGAAUUUAAUUUUGGCAGACACUGAUGAAUGAAUGGAAUCUGAAUCCAUUAAAACGUGGAUAUUAUACAGGUUACUCGAGCUCUAAUAAACCGGGUACUAUGCAAAGUAUAUUUGCUACGGUAUUGCCGAUAUUGCCUUCAGUCAUAUUUGAUAGAUACAAUCAAAACAAUUUAGGGAAUACCAAAAACUACAGUUUGCCAAAGAAAAGUUAGUUGCAAUAAUUUGUUCGUGAAAUUAUAUUAAUAUAAAAAUUAUUUGCGUUGUACGUUUAACAGAUAUCGAAGCGUUGUUAAGUUUGGGUAGACAAUUAAAAAUCCCUAGCUAUAAAAUAUGGAAAAAUGUAUGUUCAAAUGGGUCUUUUCAAUCAGAAAACGAAUCUUUAGAUAAACUCAAUAAGACUUUAUACAAGUAUACUUAAAAUAAUAUUACAUACAAUUGUCUGAUUAUUAUGUAUAUAUAAUUUAUACUGAAUAAUUUCAACAGAACUUGCAGUGAUAUGGACUUGUUAACUGGAGGUUUACUAGAAACACCGUUACAAGGAGCAGUUUUCGGUCCAACAUUUUCAUGUUUACUUGCUAAUCAGUUUUCGUUAAUUAAGAAUAGUGAUCGGUUCUGGUAUGAGAACGACUUCCCACCCUCUACAUACAGUAAAGGUCAGUUACAAGAGAUUAGACAAAGCACACUAGCCGGGAUUAUUUGUGCAAAUUUUGAAGAUAUUUCGACGAUACAGCCAAAAGCUUUUAUUGAUCGAGAUGACUAUUUGUAAGUUUAAUAACGAUCAUAAUUAUGUUGAUAUCAGUAAUUUUAUAUUUAUUUGUAGGUAAUAUGUAUUUUUCGGUGCGUCCGGAUUGCAUGCCAAAAAAACAAAAAUAAAUUGGAACGUUCGAAUUGCAUGCCACCUUUUAAAGAGGUCGGUUCGAAUUGCGUGCCUUGUAUAAUUUUACUUAUCACAGUUUAAUUUUUUGAAUUUAGACUUCAAAUAUUUCAAAAAAAGAAAAGCAAUAUUAAUGAAUAAAAAACUUAAAUUUAUUUGGCUAUAAAUUUGCCUUCUUUUUAAUUACUAAAUUAAAAAUUAACUCAAGACAAUUAAACAUUUUCGUUUCCACGAUUUUUAUUUUUCAUUGUUGAUAUGAAAAUUAUACACGACACACAAUUCGGACAGGCUUCUGUAAAAGGUGGCAUGCAAUUCGAACGAACCUUUCUAAGAGAUGGCAUGCAAUUCGGAUAUUUCUUUUUUUUAGCAUGCAAUUUGAGUGCAGCCGUAUUUUUAUUUUUGUAACUACCUAGUAUUAUUUUCCAGCAUAUAAACGUAGGUAAUUUUUAUUUUUCACUUUCAGAAAUCAUCCACUAAAUUGCGAUCAACAUUCUAAACUAGAUAUUUACCAAUGGAAAGAUAAUUCAGCGAUAAGUGAUAAUGAAAUGAUAGUCAAUACAACGGAACAAGAUUUUGAACGAAUCAAUAAUCAAAUUCUAGUCAGAGAAGCAUGGAGAAAGGCUGAAGAUGACGUUGGUAGAAGAAAGCAAACUGAAUUUCUGUUAUGGUCAAAAAGUAUAAACACAUUAAUGCAAAUACAUUAAAAAUUAGUAAAUAUUUUAAUUUGUUUUAUGUAUAUUUAGAAGGAGGAGUAGAUCCUAAGUCUUCCCUUGGAACAGCUGCUGCGUUUAGUAAAGCAAGUAAAACAGCAUUAAUAUUAGCAAACAAUUCAUUAUUAUUCGAGUACGCUUCAAAAGAAUUAUUGAAAUCGUUAGGAAAAAGGUUAGUUUUAGUAAUUUAUUAAGAUGAAUCAUAUCAAUUAUUUAUUUACCGGAUUUUAGACGUCGUCGUCGUCAAGUCUUGGAUAGUGGUGAUCCAUUAUUUAGCAUUAAUUCGAUCGGACCUAAUUUCUUCGACGGUUUAGAACUUACUGAACUAUAUCCACCCCCAAUAUAUCACAGUGAAGGUGAAUGUCCUAUUGAAACAUAUCCUUGUGAUGUUUUUAAUCCAUAUAGAUCAUUUAGUGGUUAUUGUAAUAAUUUGAAAAACCCGCAUUUUGGUCAAGCCAUGAUGACUUUUCAACGCAUAGUUCCAGCUGUUUAUGAAAACGGUAAAAUCCCGAAUAACACUAUUAAUAAAAAAUAAUUUUAUGGAAUAGCUUGAACAAUAAAUUAUCUUUAGGUAUAAAUCAGCCAAGAAUGACAUCCGUGACUGGUACUCCAUUACCAUCUGCUAGAUUAGUGAGCGCCAUGUCUCAUCCAGAUAUCAGUCAUCUGCAUGGCCGUUAUACACUUAUGUUUAUGCAAUUCGCUCAGUUUUUAGAUCAUGAUAUAACGUUUACACCGGUUCACAAAGGUAAAUAUCACUUGAUUUUAAUUUUAUAUUUUUAGUUUAUCGUAGUUUACAAAAGAAUUUGUUUAGGAUUUUUCUCAUCUAUACCUGACUGCCGUUCAUGCGACAGUCCAAUUACGGUUCAUCCAGAAUGUAUGCCAAUACCAAUACCAUCUGGGGACCCUUAUUAUCCCCAAGUAAAUAUUUCUACUGGACAUCGAAUGUGCUUGCCGUUUAUGAGAUCUUUACCAGGUCAACAACGUUUGGGCCCUAGAGAUCAAACAAAUCAAAAUUCUGCGUACUUAGAUCUUUCCAGCGUUUAUGGGUCGGACUCAUGUUUAGCUAAAAAUCUUAGAGCAUUUUAUCUUGGUAAACUCAAUGUAACAUUACAUCCAAUACCGUCGAGGAAGGAUUUAAUGCCCCAAUCUAAUGUGCAUCCAGAAUGCAAAUCUUCAUCUGGUUAUUGCUUUAUUGGAGGUUUGUAAAAUAUUUUUAUUUAUUUUAUUAAUUAACACCCGCAUGGGGUAAGAUACAGAGGGUUAAUUAUUAUGCUUAUUUGUAAACUUAUACUUAUACAGAAAGCAUUAUUUUUAUCUUAACACAUAGAUACAAUUUGAUAAGCAAGUUUUACAAUCUUAGUAUGGUAAUUGAAUCGAAAUUAAAAUCAGAUUAUUAUUUACGUAAUAAUUAUUCCUUAAGGGGGAAUAAGUACGAUUAGACUUAUUUCUAGAAUCAAAAGCAAGGACUCUAAAACCAAUUUUUGGCAAUAACUCCGGACAAUUUGUUAUACCGUUUAUUAACUUGUACACGAAUACAACAUCAGAAUACUUCGACGGGUAGCUGAUGACACUAAACCAAUUUCGUUAGCAAUAUUAAAGGAUGGCAUGUCUUUAAAGCUCUUUUUAUAUCCAAAAAUAUGUAUGAAAGGUCUUUACAGCUUUUCUGGUUUUUCUAUUUGACCAAACUGAGACAGUUUCCAAACCAAAGCCCAAAUUUUAAAUUAGAUCUCACCUUAUAUUGAACUAUUAACAAUAGUUUAUAAAAAUUAAUAAUUAAAUAUAGUUAUCACUUUUUAUAUAACAUUUAUUUAGGCGAUGGUCGAGUGAGUGAACAAGCCGGACUGACUUCAAUUCACACAAUUUUUAUGAGAGAACACAAUCGUAUUGCCGAAGUUUUACAUAGGUUAAAUCCACAUUGGAAUGAUGAAAUUAUAUAUCAAAAUGCUAGAAAAAUAUUCACAGCAGCUUACCAGCAUAUUGUUUACAAUGAGUUCUUGCCACGUAUCUUAGGCUGGGAAGCUAUAGACAAAUAUGACUUAAGAAUUUCUUCAGCUGGAUAUUACAAAAGUAUUUUGUUUUUCAAUUUUAAUAAUAUUAAAUUAUAUGCAUUACUAAUUGACUAACAAACCUAAACAAAUAUAUAUUUUUAUGUAAUUUGAAGGUUAUUCUUCUGAUUGUCAUCCGGGGCCAUUUACUGAAUUUGCUGUAGCUGCUUUUCGAAUAGGCCAUAGUUUAUUACGACCUCAUAUUCCUAGAAUGUCGCCAACAUAUCAGCCUUUAGAACCAGCUUUGUUAUUAAGAGAAAAUUUUUUUAAUCCUGAUGUUAUAUAUAGGGUAUGAUUUACUUUGGAACAAUCUUUACUUGUUUUUUUUUUUUUUUUUAAUUAUGAAUUGGUCUGAUAUAUUAUUAUUGUUAAUAUUUAAGGAUCAAAUGAUUGAUGAAAUAGUUAGAGGUCAAAUUAGUACGCCUAUGGAAAACUUGGAUCAAUUUGUAACUGGUGAAAUAACGAACCAUUUAUUUGAAAACGUGAAAAUACCUCAUUCUGGACAAGAUUUACCUGCUCUAAACAUUCAAAGAGGUAAAAAUAAUCUUGAAAUAAUAUAAUAAAUAUUUAGAUAUUUUUACAAUUGGACAAUUUAGGACGUGAUCAUGGUGUUCCUUCAUAUAAUACAUUCAGAGCAAGAUGUGGCCUUAAACGUGCAAAUACUUGGGACGAUUUAACAAGAGAACUACACCCAGACGUUAUUGCAAGAUUUAAAAUUAUAUAUGCUAGCCCAGACGAUAUCGACUUAUUCCCUGGAGGUUUAAGUGAAUAUCCUGUAAAAGGUGGUCUUGUAGGACCAACUUUUGCGUGUAUUAUAGGCUUACAAUUCAGACAAUUGAAGCAGUGUGAUCGGUUUUGGUAAUGUUUUAAUUGGGUUGAUUUUUAUUUUAUUUUAUUGGUCAAACAAUGUUAUUUUUGAAACAGGUUUGAAACAGAUAAUCCAUUGUUAAGAUUUCCUGAAGCCCAACUUGCAGAAAUCCGAAAAGCCACAUUGGCUAAAAUAUUAUGUGAAAAUAUGGAUGUACACAGUGAUAUGCAAAAAGCAGCAUUUGAUCAACCGAACGAUUAUCUGUGAGUACAUUUUAGACUGAACAUGUGUUUUGGGUUUAACUUAACAUUGAUUGACUUUGAUAUUAAUUAUACAAAUAAUAAUGUAGGAAAUGCCAAAUUACUUUUGUUUGUAUUUUGUGCUUUAUUUAUUCAUUCCUAUUUCACCAUUAAAUAUUUCAUUUCCUUCACAAGAUUUAUAUUGAUAACAAUUUUAUUUAUGAAAAUAUUAAUUGUCCACUACACCAGUUCAUGUGCCUUUAAUAUGAGACAAUUGAUAGUUUGGAUCGAAACUACUAUACCUAUAUACGCUUAUUUCAGUAUGCAAACAUAGAAUAGUUGUUUACUUAUUAUAAAUAAACAAAUAUAUAAUUUUAAUUUAAGAAAUCCGCGGCUGCCUUGUCAAGUAUUACCAACAAUCGACUUAACUCUAUGGAAAGACAAUCGACAGAGCUGUAAUAUAAACGGUCGUAUUAUUGCAGUCGGCGAAUCGCAUUUGCCAUCGCCUUGCACUAGCUGUAUUUGUACACACGAAGGGGUAAUUGUUUUAUAUUUAUCAAUUUCAACUGUAUAGAAUUAAUAAUUAUUGUAUUUAUUUUGAAUUUGUAAAACUAGACCAACUGUGCUUCAUUAAGAGUAACCGACUGCGGCCGUUUAAUGAACGAAGUCGGUUUCGAUAAAAUGAUGCAAGAUGACGUUUGCGCUGCACAAUGUAGUGGAUUCGUUGAACAAAGCAUAUUGAAUACGGACUCUGUUCUACUGUCAUCAAGACCAAAAGUGCCACCAUUUUUAAGUCCUCCUGCAGAGAGGGGCUCGAAAUAUUUAGACGGAAUAGAUUUAUUACCACCUCCUCGAACCUCAAGACAACGACCACAUAGAAACAUAAAGAACAGAAGAAGGCCUUUUAGGCAAGAAUUUCAUUUUCCCGACGAAACAAUAAUUAUUUAAUUUUAAAUCAAUAAACUACGGUAAUAUAUGAUUAUUCAUUUAAUUUACUGCAAAUACUUAAUAUAAUACUCGGUAAAUUAUGAGGUCAAAAAAUGCACAUAAAAUUUACAUAUAUAGAUUAUUGGUAAUUUUUUUUUUUCUAAUCUCUGAUAGGUAAUUAAAUUGUUUUAUGAAACAACUUUUUGACUUUGCAUGGAUUCGCAAAAUUAUAAUAAACAUGACAGAUUGAGUGGGUCUAUGCUGUCAAACACAUUUUACACAAAUAAAAUGUAUAGGGACUAAAUUAUUUCUAUGGACAAUUAAAUAACGUAUAACUAAAAGAUAAACAUUUUAAAAUAAUGCCAUAUUUGAGUGUAUAAGUACGCAAUGUAUAAAACCAUUAUAAUAUUAUCAAUAAUCAUUGUAUAUAAACAUUAAACAUCUAUUUUAAUAAUUUGGGUAAUUUAAUAAUAAUUACUCCAAAUUUAUUUUAUAAAUAUUACUUGAAAAUCAGAAGAAAUUUUAGUCAAGACUGUUAGUUUAGCAUCGAGUUUGACAUUUUUUAAUACCUACGGUUAUCAAUAUGUAUAUCAUUGAAUUAUUUAAAUAAUAAAUAGAUACUCGUAUAACUACUUCAAUUUUUUAUCAAACUGAAAUUACAAAAUAACAACAUAAAAUUAUAUGAGUCAAAUCGUAUAACUACAUAUUUCCGUUAAUAAAAUGAAAAAAAAAACGAAAGUUUAAAAAAAUGUUAUUAAUUGUUAUAAUUUUCAUUAUUCAUAAUAAAUUAUUAUGAGUUAUUUAUUCAUUUAAUUGUACCUAAUGUAUGCGUUUCAUAACGUUUUAAAAAUUUAAAAUUUGUAUUAUCUAUUUGUAAUCAUCAUUUUUGAUUUAAUUUAAAUAUAUACUGUAUAAUUAGUGUAUAUAGUUCGUUCAAAAAGUUUAAGGCACCUUUACUUUUAAACUUACCUAUGUACCUACGUAAUUUUUCAAGUAUUAUUUAUUAACUGCAGGUAUUCAAUAUUUUUAUCAAAAUAUAUAAAAUAAAAAUUAUUAGGAUUAAAUAUACACAAAAGUUAAUAUAAAAUAUUCAAAUUUAUUACUACUUUAAUUAGAGAUUUAGUAGAUAAUUAGGUAUUAUUAUAUUCACCAAUAUAAAUUAUAAUCUCUAGAAAUUGCAACUACACAUAAGUAUAUUAUUAUAAUAUACAUUUUUAACUUCCAUAUUGUUUAUUCAUUCUAGUUUCUACUAAACUUGAUUAAUGUUUGCUAUAAAUAAUGUUAACUUAAAAAAUAUGAUAAUCGAUCAGUUAAAAUAAAUAAUGGGUCCAUAGCGGAAUAAAUAAAUUAAUGAAGUGUUAAUUUUAAAACUAGGUGAGGUGACUAUAAUUUCUUAUAAAAUAUAAAUGGCCUAAGUAAAUUAAUUAAUUCAUUAUUUCAGCUAAAAGUUACUUGAAGCAACUAAAAAUAAUAAUCAUUAUACGGGAUUUUAUAUCUACUUUAAAUUAGCGCCAUUAUUUUGAUAUAAAUAGGUAGGUAGGUAGGUACUUGAUAUAAAAAUAUGUAGGUGCCUAUCGCGAAAAGCAAUAGUAUAUUGUCACAGUGAUUAAGUUAGGAAGGACAAAAUGGUACAAAUCUAAAUAGCUAGGAUACAUUAGAUAUAAAUUAAAAUCUUUAAGAAGUG